ACAUAACGCCUUACACACGCCGGGAGGAUGUCAGUUUACAUUUCUCCACAGUCAGGGGUGGACCGAGAACAACUUCAAGCUGCUAAACCACUCACACCUGUGUGUCAGGUUUCUGUCAGCUGGAGGCUGGAGCGGCUAAAAGCCCCGCGAGCUAUAACAAUGUUAAGUGACGUGAUUCUGGAGGAAGAGUUUGACAAGAGUGGAGAGGCUUGGUACGACCCGCAGGACCUCGAACAUGAUCUCCACUUGGCAGCGGAGCUUGGGAAAACGCUCCUGGACAGGAACCAUGAGCUGGAGCAGGCCCUGCAGCAGAUGUACUCCACCAACCAGCAGCUGCUGGAGAUAGAGCACCUGACCAAGCAGGUGGAGCUGCUGCGACAGAUGAACGAUCAGCACGGCAAAGUGUAUGAGCAGCUGGACGUGGCUGCCAGGGAUCUGGAGCAAGACAACCGCAGGCUGGUGCAGGACAGUCGCCUGGCCCAGCAGAAGAUCCACAGUCUAACAGAGAUCGUUGAGGGGCUUCAGACCCACAUGGAGAGCCUGCAGGCUCAGGUGGAGGAGCUAAAGACGGCUCAGGCGGAGCGGGACAGAAGAGAGCAGGCAGAGCAGCGCCGCAGCCUCGGAGCACAGAGUGUGUCAUGUCUCAAAGAGCUGUACGACUUACACCAUGACAGGCAUCUAUCCCACGAUGGUCUGCGUGUGGAUGGACUCUGGUCCCCGCAGGGCUCUUUCCAUGACAGACACAGACGGCAAGACCCGGAGGAGGAGCAUGCAUCUCUGCAGCGCUCCAUUCAGACCCUCCAGAGCCAGAUAUCUGCGGAGCGGAGCCGCAGGGAGGCUGCAGAGCGGGAGAGCGAGCUGACAUCCAGUGAGAACAGAGGCCUAGAAGAGCGGCUGACCCUGCUGUCCGGCUGCCCAGCCAGGCAGAUGGAGCUGGAGGCCGAGGUGGAGCAACUGAGGCUUCUCUGGCGGGCUGAAUGUGCCAACAGUGCCAGAAGACCGGACCAGAUGCUGCUUCCUGACACAAUAUUCUUUGCCUCAGAAGAAAGACCAGUGCACGAUGAGAUUGAGGAGAAAGUAGAAAAGGACGAGGAGCAGAGGAGAAAGUUCAGACAGAGGUCUAACAGUGACAGCGUUUUGAAAGCAACAAACCCAGAAGACAUUCGCCGCGAUCACGAGCAGCUGUGUGUAAGGCGAGCCGAGGCGGUGAAACAGAGGGGCAUCUCUCUGCUCAAUGAGGUGGAUGCACAAUACAGCGCACUGCAGGUGAAAUAUGACGAGCUGCUGCGGCGGUGUCAGCGGGCGGACGGGCCCACCCAUAAAUCCGUCCAGACCUCCAUUACUCCAGGUGCGAGCGGCCGAACCCUCCGCCGGCGGUCAUCAGUUCUGUCAGAUAUGAUAGACGGUCAGCAGCCCGAGUACAAGGCUCUGUUCAAGGAGAUCUUCACCCGCAUUCAAAAAACCAAAGAGGACCUCAGCGACAACACACGUCCAGUCGAGGACAAUGGUGCUCAGGGCUCUGCCAGAUGAUUUUUGUUUGUGAAACCUGGAGGCUGCUUUGUUGUAAAAAUAUCAGCGGGUGCAAUAUCCUUGACAAGCUGCUCUCUGAUUGUCUCCUGUCCUUUUGAUACACCUAUGCUUUUGUAAGUCAGCACUGUUUCUUUUUGUUCCGUCCUUAUCGAACAAAUUAAAUGUUAUAUAACUUGUUAUUUAAGCAGCUAAACAAAGAAUGCAUUUCACAGUUUAACGAAAAAAUACAUUAUUGGUAAAGAAUUGUUGUAUGCAGAUAUAUUUAUAGUUGAAUCAUUUGAUCCUCAGCUAAUAAAAAGUGCAUUUCAGUUUGUUGUAUUACCUCCAACAGUGUUCAGUGUUUAUGUAAUGUGGACACUGUGGUCACUUGGUGCUUGGGAGAGAAAUGCACACAUGGAAUAUUGUUGUAUUGGGUGUUGACCUAAGACUUAAAGUAAAGUUGGAAUGUUGUAAUAGGAUGAAAAACUGUCGUUAUGUAUUUACUGAAGACUCAGGAGUUUAUUGGACUUAGCUUAACAGCUAAUGUGAGGUGGUUUUGCAAGUUGCAGAGAGUGUAUUAUUAGAGGGUCAUCAGCGUGUCAACAGAGAGAUAUAAGUGGACACUGGAAAACAGUUUUUACUAGUUUGUGCUUUCUGCUUCAAAUCUGCACAGCUUCUGAUGAUUGUCUCAACAGCUUUGCACUUCUUAUUUCUCAAUCAAUGUUUUUCUUUUUAUUUAUUUUUGGGGGAAAUUCUAUUUAUUUUCAUUGGUGUUGAAUAAGCAAAGUAGAUUGGUCAGCUGAGAGUGAAUGUAAUUGUUCACUGAGGUGCUUAUUUUGUGGAUGUAAAUAUCUGACACAGAGGAAAACGUAACAAAAACAAGGAGUUUCCUUUGCCUCAAGUUGUCUGAAUAUUUUUUUCUCACUAGGACAUUUCCUGAUGUUAAUAUGGAACGACAUUUUUUGAUCAGGUAACCAUAAACAACAGAAAGAUAUAACAGUAUAAUUCUGAGUUCAAAAUGAUGUUGUGGUCAUUUUACUUUUCAUUUGAUGUCAUUUGGAAAAAGAUGCUUAAUGGACAAUCCUGUUGUACUAAAAUACAAUAUAGUAUGGCAUUUAGCAAUAUGCUUCUUAGCAAACUGUGAAACUAAUUAUUAAAAAAAUGUACACA